UUCAUGCCAAAUUGUUGAACUUUCGAAUUAUAAUUAUAAUGCUUGUAAAUCGCUCGCUCUGUAGGAGCUGGCUCUCCCAGGUGACACACAGAUAUGCAAAUGGUCAAAAUUUUUCAUGCCGACACAUAGUACCUGCACCGCGAUCCAAGCCACCAGCACGAUACGUUCACGGCAACAGUAAACAGAACAGCAAUGUAAAGCCCUCGGGCGGGGAGCCGGUCCCAGAAAGCACAACCGUUCCGAACAACAACUUAUUCAAGGCGGUCGCAUUCACAGGCGCAUUUACGGUGGGAUGCUUUACCAGCGCCACCAUCUGGGAAUACGAAAACACACGGAGUCUGAUCAUUGCCAAGGCUAAGCAGGCGCAAUUUGGUUGGUGGCAGAGUCGAUCGCUCGUGGAACGCAGCAGUUGGUCGCAGCUGAAACUGGAAAUCCGCCAGCACUGGGACAAUCUGAACACUGGCGAAAAGGUGUUUGCCCCCAUCUGCCUUGUAAAUCUGUUGGUAUUUGGUCUGUGGCGUGUUCCACGUCUGCGAGCCACAAUGAUCACGUAUUUCACAUCCAACCCGGCUGCGCGCAUCGUUUGCUGGCCCAUGUUUCUGUCCACUUUCAGCCACUACUCAGCCAUGCACAUAUUCGCCAAUAUGUAUGUGUUGCACAGCUUUGCCAACGCCGCGGCUACGUCGCUUGGCAAGGAGCAGUUCCUUGCCCUUUACAUGAGCGCCGGAGUGUUCUCCAGUCUGAUAAGCAUUCUGUACAAGGCGGGCACGCGACAAGUGGGCAUGUCUCUAGGAGCGUCUGGAGCGAUCAUGACAGUGCUGGCAUACGUGUGCGCCCAGUAUCCAGAUACCCAGCUUAGCAUAUUGUUUCUUCCCGCCCUGACGUUCUCCGCCAGUGCAGGCAUAAAAGUGAUUAUGGGCAUUGACUUUGCGGGCUGCGUGAUGGGAUGGAAGUUCUUUGACCACGCGGCGCAUUUAGGAGGAGCCAUUUUUGGCAUAUUCUGGGCGUAUUACGGUACACAGCUGUGGGCGAAACGCCUAACCCUGCUGAACUACUACCACCAGAUCCGCGAAUCGAAGCCGAAAUAAUGACAAAUCCAAACCCUUUCCAACAAGAAACAAAUUCAGUUCUGCUCAUAGUUACGGAUAUCGUUUAGUCCACCGGGGGCUCCUUACAAUGUGUGGAAAGUAAUAAAAGGUCAGACUCGGUCGUGUA